AUGGGGCUCGGCGUGCUGGAGGAUCACAAGCUGGCUCAGGUUCCAGGCACCUCCAACAUCUAUGGGGUGGACGAGAUUCCAAGCGACCGUAUCCCGGGCGCCACAAGUCUGAAAUACGACCGGUCCACUGCAGAACCAACGCUUCUUGUACCCCAGCCAAGCGAUGACCCCAACGACCCAUUGAAUUGGCCAUUAUGGAGACGCGACCUCAUUCUUGCGAUCCUGUCCUUUGUCACGGUGUUAUGUACGACCCUGAGCUCGAUCAUGGCUGCGAAUACAGUGACAAUUGCGGAAUAUGAGACGAUCACCUUCGUCCAGGCCGCCCUUCUGACGGGUUACCACCUCUGUGGUGUUGGAGUAGCAGGGAUUUUGAUUGUCCCAACUGCACGAGUCUGGGGCAAGCGCCAUCUGUUUAUCAUUGGGCACGUCUUGAUGAUUGUCAGCUGCAUCUGGGCUGGUGCGAGUGGGCGCAACCACAAGAGUCUCCUAUGGGCCCGAAUCUUCCAAGGCGUGGCGUUGGCUCCAUUUGAAGCGCUGGUGAAUGCUUGUGUUGGUGAUCUUUACUUUGUCCACGAACGAGGAAAGCGAAUGGCCGUAUCCAAUGUGGCUCUUUUUGGUGCGGCUUUCUUGACUCCAGUAUUUGUCGGCAAAAUCACCAAGUCCCUUGGUUGGCAAUGGUCGUUUUACUUUGUUGCCAUUUUCCUUGGUGCAGCACUGCCUUUCAUGAUUCUUUUUGUGCCUGAGACUGCGUUUCGAAGACCCGACUAUCUGAACACCGAUUUCAGACACAAGAAUAGUCAGGCGGAAUCCCCUGAGCCAAAUUGGCCGCUUAGUGAUCCUUCCCAUAAGGAUACUCAAGAGUUCAUAUCAGGAACCAUGGCCGGCAACGGUACACGAACAGAGGUCUCCGCCACGGUGACACCAGAGAAAGAUUCACUUUGGACAUCAAUGAGACUAUUCAACGGACGAAAAACAGACGAAAACUUCUUCAAGCUACUUCUCCGUCCCUUUCCAUUAUUUUUUCACCCUGGAAUCUUCUGGGCUUGUUUGACUCAAGGUAUCGUCAUUGGGUGGGCCGUGUUCAUCGGUGUAAUUUUAGCAAUCGUGUUUCUGGGCCCUCCAUUAUGGUUCGCAGAAGACAAAACAGGCUACCUAUACACUGGUGCCUUCAUCGGAGCUAUUAUAGGCCUGCUCUUCGCUGGUCUGCUUACCGAUUCCAUAAACAAAGCGAUGAUCCGACUCAAUCGAGGCAAAUAUGAGCCCGAGUUCCGAAUCCUUCUGGUGGCUUUCCAGUUAGUUUUUAGUGCCAUGGGCCUGUACGGGUUUGGGUGGACAGCUUCCGAUGUGGAAAAAUACCACUGGCUCUUACCGGAUGUAUUCUUCGCAUUUCUGAUCAUUGGCAUGGUCAUGGGCGCAGUGGCCGCUUCACUUUACAUUGUCGAUGCACACCGGGAAAUUGCUGUGGAAGCAUUCACCUGCUUGUUGGUCUUCAAGAAUAUGUUCAGCUUUGUGCUGACCUUCUUUGCCUACAAUUGGUUUGCUCAUGGAGGGGUCAAGCACACUAUGAUUAUCAUCGGCAGUAUCCAGGUGGGCAUUUGCCUCCUCAGUAUUCCUAUGUAUGUGUUUGGCAAGCGGAACCGCUCAUUUUUUGCCCGUCAUGAUAUCCUUGAGAUGCUGCAUCUCUGGUAG